AUGCUGCAAUCGCUCGUUCCUUCCAAGGCUUCGGCCUUCCUUGCCGUCCUCCUGGCCCUCACCGCAGGAAGCCAAGUCCAAGCCCAGGCGGUCAACUGUCUGGUCACCCCCUCAGACCCCUCAUGCGUCUCUUUCGUUCUUCCUCCCGCAACAGUCACGGCUGAUAUCGAGGGACUCUGCACCCAGAUGCCCUACAUGCCCGGCUGCUCCCUCUACAGCUCCUGCAAGGCCGCCUCCAAGACCGACCAGUGGUGCACCCCCUUCUCCGUCCUCGCCGACAUCUGCUCGGUCGAUAUGCCCAUGAUGAAGGACUGCAAGAACUAUAUCGCCCUCUGCGGUUCCGCUGCAAACCAGACCACUGCCUCAAGACCCUCUGUCUGCACGUCUGCCCCUAUGAUCGAAGCUUUCCCCACCACCAAGAACGCCUCGGCCCUUGUCAUCGACAUCUGCACAGAGAUGGACAUGGCUGGCUGUGAGCGCUGCCCCAAGCCUGCACCAGGUGCCUAUGCCGCCGACUGCGAUACCCUUGGCACCUACGCGAUCCUCUGCAAGGCCAUGCCUGAUAUGUCCCAAUGCGCGACCUGGAAGUCGAUGUGCUCUGCCUCUUCUGCCACCGCCUCGUCCUUGAGCUUCCAGUCGUCUGAGUACUGUGCCGCUGGUGUGGGUAGUCCCGAGAUGAACCCUCCCGCCAUGCGCAUGUACUUCCACUUGGGUUUCUCCGACUACGUCCUCUUCGAAAAGUGGGUCCCCCGCAACCAGGGCCAGUACGUUGGCACCUGGUUCGCGCUCUUCUUCUUGACUCUCGUCUUCCAAACCAUCUCGACCUACCGCACCUGCCUCGAGUCUCGCUGGGCUGAGGAACAGGCGGCCGAGAACGACGACACCUCCAAGUCCGAUUCCUCUGAGCGUCUUACCUCCUUCGGCGGUGAUGGCAAGCAUCGGUCGUCGAUUUUCAUGCACUGGAUCCAGCUCUGGCGCCAACCCUGGUCUCUGAAGGAGGUCAAGCAGAACGUCAUCCGCGCCCUCUUGACCUUUGUCGAGACCACGCUUGGCUAUGCGUUGAUGUUGGUUACCAUGACCUUCAACGUGCCUCUGUUCUUUGCCGUCAUUGCCGGUCUGACCAUUGGAUCUGUUGUAUUUUCAAGACAGCGUUCCGCCGGAGUUGCUCGGGGUGACAGCAACUCCAGCGCCACCGGAUGCGCAGGCUGUGGAUAA